UGAGUCUAUUUUAUCUCCAUACUGUCUGGAGUAUUUGAACAGGUAACUCAUAAAUUCGCUGUUUUUUUUUAUUGAAGUAAUGUUGAAAACCCACAUAGAAAAAGAUAAUCAUAGAAAAGACAUUUCAGAAAAAAUAACAUUUAACUUUUAUUUUUAAAAGCUUUAUUCAUUUUAUGUAAUUCAUGUAUUUUUUUAGCACUCCACUGAAGAAAAGUAUACAACGUCCUUGAAAUGUAUGCAAAGUAAAAAUGCACUAUCAGUAAUGAAAAUGUUAAAAAAAAAAAAAAAAAAAAGUUAUCUGCAUAACACCGGCGGUCCUCUUGCCCCGCAGCGGCCUCUGCUGUUUGUUUCACACCGAGAGUCAAAGAGUGUUUUCCCCGGACUGAGAUGAAGAUAACCUCAACCCACGACCACACACGACUCUGAAUACUUGGAGGGAUCGAGAGCUGUACUCUCUGAGGAUGCAAAGAAACAGGGAAAAGAUGGAGCGAGAAAAAACGGAGCAACAUCAAAACCAGUUUAAGAGGAAGCUGAGGGUCUGUGUGGCAACAUGCAACAGAGCAGAUUACUCCAAGCUAGCCCCCAUCAUGUUUGGCAUCAAAGCCCACUCUGAUGAGUUUGAGCUGGAAGUGGUGGUGCUUGGGUCUCAUCUCAUUGAUGACUACGGGAACACUUUCCGUAUGAUUGAGCAGGACGACUUUGACAUCAACUCUAAGCUUCACACUAUAGUCAGAGGAGAAGACGAGGCGGCCAUGGUGGAGAGUGUUGGUUUGGCUCUCGUUAAACUGCCCGACGUCCUGCAGAGACUGCGUCCGGACAUCCUGAUUGUACACGGCGACCGUUUUGAUGCCCUUGCUUUGGCAACCGCUGCGGCACUGAUGAACAUUAGAAUCCUUCACCUGGAGGGAGGAGAGGUUAGCGGUACGAUCGACGAUUCAAUCCGCCAUGCCAUAAGUAAACUGGCCCAUUAUCAUGCUUGCUGCACGCGCAUGGCAGAGCAGCACCUCAUCGCUAUGUGUGAGGACCACUCUCGCAUCCUCCUGGCUGGCUGUCCUUCAUAUGAUAAGCUGCUUCUGACUCACCGUAAAGACGACUACAUGGAUAUCAUCAAGAGCUGGCUUGGCGAUAAGGUCCAGGACCGGGACUACAUCGUGGCUCUGCAGCACCCCGUCACCACUGAUAUCCAGCAUUCCAUCAAGAUCUAUGGGUUGAUGCUUGAUGCUCUGCUCUCCUUCAACAAGAAAACCCUCAUCCUGUUUCCUAACAUCGAUGCUGGAAGUAAGGAGAUGGUGCGUGUGAUGAGAAAAAAGGGCAUUGAGCAGCACCAAAACUUUCGUGCAGUCAAGCAUAUCCCCUUUGAGCAGUUCAUUCAGCUUGUCUGCCACGCUGGUUGCAUGAUUGGAAACAGCAGUUGUGGAGUUCGUGAGGCCGGGGCUUUUGGAACACCUGUUAUUAACCUGGGAACCAGGCAGACGGGCAGAGAAACCGGUGAAAAUGUUCUGCAUGUCAGAGAUGCAGACACGCAUAAUAAGAUCUACCAUGCUCUGGAGCUGCAGUUUGGGAAGAGAUAUCCCUGCUCUAAGAUCUACGGGGAUGGGAGUGCAGUUCCUCGGAUUCUGAAGUUCCUACGCAGCAUUGACCUGGAUGAACCUCUGCAGAAAACCUUCUGCUUCCCUCCAGUGAAGGAGUCCAUCUCACAGGACAUCGAUCACAUUCUGGAGACCCAGAGCGCUCUGGCCGUCGACCUGGGAGGGACCAACCUAAGAGUGGCCAUCGUCUGUAAGAGAGGAAAUAUACUGAAGAAAUACACAGAGAAUAAUCCAAAAACCUUUGAGGACAGGAUGUGCCUGAUAUUAAAGAUGUGUAAAGAUGCCAUUCAGGAUGCUGUAUCCAUCAACUGUAGAAUACUUGGUGUUGGAGUCUCAACAGGAGGACGUGUAAACCCCCAGGAAGGCGUGGUCCUGCACUCCACAAAGCUCAUUCAGGAGUGGAGCUGUGUGAACCUGAGGACGCCCAUCUCUGACGCCUUACACCUCCCAGUUUGGGUGGACAACGAUGGAAACUGUGCUGCAUUAGCUGAGAAGAAGUUUGGUCAUGGCAAAGGAGUGGAAAACUUUGUCACUGUCAUAACAGGAACAGGUAUUGGAGGAGGGAUUAUCCAUCACUACGAGUUGAUCCAUGGCAGCACCUUCUGCGCUGCUGAACUGGGUCACAUCAUGGUCUCACUGGAAGGCCCAGAAUGUUCCUGCGGGAGCCGCGGCUGCGUUGAGGCUUUUGCCUCUGGCAUGGCUCUGCAGAGGGAGGCCAAAAUGCUGCAUGAUGAGGACCUGCUGAAAGUAGAAGGAAUAGAUAAGCUGUGUGAGCCAAUCACAGCAGUUCAUCUGAUCACUGCUGCCAAAAUGGGAAACUCCAAAGCUGAGGCUGUCCUCCACAAAGCCUCCACGGCACUCGGUGUGGGAAUCGUCAACAUCCUCCAUGUUGUCAACCCCUCCCUGGUGAUUCUGUCCGGAGUCUUGGGUUCUUUCUAUCAAGAGCCUGUUCAGCAUGUCAUCAACCAGAGAGCUCUGAAAUCCGCUCAGAGCAUCAAGGUUGUCUCGUCGCACUUGGAAGAACCUGCUUUACUGGGAGCUGCUAGCAUGGUCUUGGACUACGCCACCAGAAGAACAUAUUAAUGCACGUUUACUUGUUUCUGGAAAUUAAACUUAAAUAAUUCACUUUAAUAUUUUAGUUGUUUUAAAGCACAUUCUUGGUGCAUUUAAAUGAAGAAAUACUUCGGGGAUUUUUAUUUUUUUUAUUUUCCUUGUUAAAUCAGCGUUUCCUCUCCUCUGUGACAGCAGCUUGUCUCAGUUGAGGUCUUAGUUUUCCAUUUACCUGAUAGAAAUGAGGGUUGGUAGGACGCUGGGCAGUGCUGAUGUCUUCAUGUGGCCUUCAUGCGAUGCUUUGUGCCAAUUUCUUGAGCUGACCCUUCAUCAACUACAUAAAUUGGGCUGUUUUUCAUGUCUGAGCACCAAACAUCCCAUACCAUUACGCUACCUCCUCCUGACCAGCUUGACUGGAUGUUAUACAGCAUAUGUUUUUACAGUUAUGAUGCAUCUAUGAAAAUCAGUGAUUCCACGAACUUGACAGUUGUUAUUCCACAGUUGAUCUGAGUUUUAGUUUUAUUGUGACCCUUUUAGUCUUUGUUUACAAAGGAAGUGAGUCUAAAACCUGCGUGUGCAGGGUUUUGUCAGAGAGAAUGUCUUGUGUUUCUUGUUAUCACAGCCAAAGUUUUGAUUUGACAAUCACACUUCAAAUGUGACCAAACAUUACAAAUAUAAUUUUAGUGUUCUGAGCUCAAUACAUAUUUUUGUGACAUUUAGACCUUUUUCAUGCUGAGGCCUGCUGAUGAUAUGUGGAUGUUUUAUUAGGUACAGAGAACUUUUGGGUUUUUUUGAUUCACACAUUCAUUUGAACAUUCGUUUUGGGGGGUUUGGUCGCAUUGGUGGCAGCUAAUUUAGUUUAUAAAGUAAUGAAAUGCCGAGAUGACAGCUCUUUAUUUGGCCUUAUAGAUCCUUUGAUGUUAUGAAAACUUGUAAUAGUUUUACUUGAUGUCAUGGGUACAUGUGUAAAACAACUGACCGUAUUAAAAUGUUCAAUGUCUUUGACCUCA